AUAUGUGUUAUUAGAUAAUAAUUGAUGGUUAUAUUUGGUUAUAGAAAACAAUAAAAUAAACAAAACAAAGUGGCCAUCAUUUAUAUAAUAAUAACAAUUGAAUCUUGAUUGAAUAUUUGUUUGUUUGCGUGUCAAUUUCAAUUAUAACUAUCGAAAAGGAAAUAAUAUUUCUGAUUGAUUGAUUGAUUAACAUUGCACAUCAACUUUAGACUUGGUCACAAUAAUAAAAUUCAAAAGAAAAAAAAAUGAAUUCAUUUAUAAUAAAAUUUUCUGCCAUUCUUUUAAUCAUCGGUAUUGUUUAUGGUGAUAGUGGUGAUGAUGUAACUGAAUUAAAAAUCGAAACAUUAGUUACACCGGAUAAAUGUGAACGAUCAGCAGCAAAAGGUGAUAUGCUUUCAAUGCAUUAUAAAGGUACAUUACAAUCGGGUGUUGAAUUUGAUUCAAGUUAUACACGUGGUGAACCAUUUAAAUUUCAAUUGGGUGUUGGUCAAGUAAUCAAAGGAUGGGAUGAAGGUUUAAUUGGUGUUUGUCCUGGUGAACGACGUAAACUAACAAUACCAUCACAUCUUGGUUAUGGUGAUAUUGGUGCUGGUGAAUUAAUACCACCAAAAUCAACAUUAAUAUUUGAAGUUGAAUGUUUAGCUGUUGAAGAUGGACCAGCACCAGUUAAUAUAUUCAAAGAAAUUGAUUUAAAUAAUGAUAAUCAAUUAUCACGUGAAGAAUUAAGUGAUUAUUUAAAAAAACAGGUGCCUGAAGGUGGUACACAUGAUAUACCAGAUCAGGAUAAACUUGUUGAAGAUAUAUUUCAACAUGAAGAUCGUGAUAAAAAUGGUUUUAUUUCACAUGAUGAAUUUUCUGGACCAAAACAUGAUGAACUUUAGAAGACAAAAAAAACGAAUCAAUCAAUCAGUUUAAACAAACAAAUAGAAAAUUCGCUCAACAUCUUUUCACCUUUAAAUAAAUAAAAAAUUUUAUCAUUUAAAAAACAACCAUAAAUGGCAUUUUGAAAAAUAAAACUUCCAAAUAUAAAAAAACCACCUUGUCCACAACUUAACAGAAACAGAGUACAAAAAAAACUUUAAAAAUUUUUAUUUUAGAUCAAUUUUAUGACAAUAAUAAUAAUCUUUACAUUAAAAUUUCUUUUUUUUUAAA